AUGGAGCUCCACCGGGUUGCGCUGCUCACGGUCUCCCUGCUCACACUAGUCGCACACGAGUGUUUGUGCAGGAACGAGGAGGAGCGUCUGAUCAACUACCUGUUCAAAGAGAAAAAAUACAACAAGGAGUUAAGGCCCGUCCAGAAGCAGCAGGAUGUCGUUGACGUUUAUCUGGCCCUCACGCUCUCCAACCUCAUCUCCCUGAAAGAAGUUGAUGAGACGCUGUUGACAAACGUGUGGAUCGAUCAUACAUGGACCGACUACAGGCUGUCCUGGAACGCCUCGGAGUUCGACGGCAUUGAGAUGCUUCGCCUGCCGCCCAGCAUGGUCUGGCUACCAGAGAUCGUUCUGGAAAACAAUAAUGAUGCCCAGUUCCAGGUGGCCUACUACAGUAACGUCCUGGUGGAUUCUUCUGGUCUCUGUUACUGGUUACCUCCUGCCAUCUUCCGAUCCUCCUGCUCCAUCAAUGUCAACUACUUCCCCUUCGACUGGCAGAACUGCACGCUCAAAUUCACCUCUCUGACGUACAACGCCAGAGAGAUUAAAAUGCUGCUGAAACAAGAUGGGAAUGAAACGCAUUCACAUACGGUGGAGUGGAUCAUCAUUGACCCUGAGAGUUUUACAGAGAACGGUGAGUGGGAGAUCAUCCACCGGCCAGCCAAGAAAAACACCUACAAGCACAUUCCCAUGGAGAGCAACAAGCACCAGGACAUCACCUUCUACCUGGUCAUUAAACGGAAACCUCUCUUCUACAUCGUUAACAUCAUCAUCCCCUGCGUGCUCAUCUCCUUUCUGGCCUGCCUGGUCUACUACCUGCCUGCAGACAGUGGUGAGAAGAUGACACUGUCCAUAUCAGUUCUCCUGGCUCAGUCUGUCUUCCUGCUUCUGAUCUCCCAGAGGUUGCCAGAGACGUCCAUGUCUGUCCCUCUGAUAGUCAAAUAUUUGAUGUUCAUCAUGGUGCUUGUUACAAUCGUCGUGCUGACUUGUGUUGUCGUGCUCAACCUGCACUUCAGGACCCCCAGUACACAUGUUAUGUCUGAAUGGACCAAGAAGUUUUUCCUCGAACGGUUGCCCCGGAUCCUCCACAUGUCCCAUCCUACUGACGACGAACCGGUGUGGGAAGGAGCGUUGCCCCGACGAUCUAGCUCGGUGGGAUACAUCGCUGCGGCAGAGGAAUAUUACAGCAUCAAGUCCCGCAGUGAGCUAAUGUUUGAGCGUCAGUCUGAAAGACACGGGCUGUCCAAAAGGCCCACGCACGCCUCAGUACUGAAGCCUCAGGAGAGCGACGGUGAGAUGGAUCAGCUGUGUGGAGAGAUCAAGCCGGCUGUGGACGGAGCAAACUACAUCGUCAAACACAUGCGCGACAAGAACGACUACAACGAGGAGAAGGACAACUGGAGCGGUAUCGCUCGUACGGUGGACCGUCUCUGCCUCUUCCUCAUCACUUCUGUGAUGACCUUUGGCACCAUCAUCAUCUUCCUCAUGGGAAUCUGUAACCACCCCCCACGCCUGCCCUUCCAAGGAGACCCACAUGACUACAGCGAGGACAAUCCUCGCCUUCUGUGACAGCGACUCGUUCUGUUUGUUCUGCUCUGUUCUUACAGAUUUUAUCCACUUUAUCAGCUUCUUAUUUUACUCAUCUGUGUUUUCAGUGGUUGAAGUGAUUAUUUCAUGUUUGGUUUAAUUAAACAAUCUGUUUUCUUUA